GUAUGGAAGAAAAAUAUUACUCUAAUUCAUCAAGCCAAAGGUAUUAAGUUUCCUUGAUCCUUAGUACCGGUGAAUGCAAGAGAACCAGAGUCAAUUGAACUGAUAGUAACUUGUGAUGCUGCUCAGUGGAUGUGUGGAGUAGCGAUAUACUCUCGAAUGCUAACAAAGGAUGGUACUUAUUGUGUAAGGUUAGUAACUGCGAGAUCUAAGUCAGUUCAUCACACAAUUCCUAGAAAUGAGUUAGAAGCAUUAGUGUUAGCAAGUGAAACUUUGUUCUGUGUUCUUCAGGCACUGGGAUCAAGAUGUAGAAGAUACUGGAUUGCAAGUGACUCUGAGAUCGUGUUAGCAUGGGUGACAAAUGACUCAAAACCAUUGAAGCAGUUUUGUUUUAACAGAGUGCAGCAUAUACGGAGGUUAGUAGAUAUUCAGCGUCUGUUUCAUGUUCCUGGCUCGCAAAACCCUAGUGAUAAGCUUACUAGAGGAGUCGAUGUAACCCCAGAGGAGUUACAAGAAGGGAGUGAAUGGCAAUCUGGAGCAGAGUGGAUGUCUAGAGAAGAAGAUUUCUGGCCUUUGAGAUCAUUUGAAAAGCUCGGAAAUAAGAUGGAUCCUACCCAGGUAUCAGAUAUGGAGAAAGAAAUUUUAGA